GCUAGCAAUGAUGGCGGACCGGUAGCACAGGUAUUAUUUUACUCUACAAACGGCGAUUUUAUUUCUUAUUCGCCAACUCUUCGGCAAUGGUUUGCUACCUCCACUCAGACGACACGCCAGUGAAUAUCUGUACACCAUGUCUAGUGGAGAUAUGCAGCAUGUGGGGCCUUACAAACUGGAGAAAACCCUGGGAAAAGGGCAGACGGGUCUGGUGAAACUGGGUGUGCACUGCGUAACUGGGAAGAAAGUGGCCGUCAAGAUCAUCAACAAAGAAAAACUCAGCGAAUCUGUCUUAAUGAAGGUGGAACGGGAAAUUGCAAUUAUGAAGUUGAUUGAGCACCCUCACGUGCUGGGCCUCUACGACGUCUACGAAAACAGAAAAUACUUAUAUCUUGUAUUAGAGCAUGUCUCAGGAGGGGAACUCUUUGACUACUUGGUCAGGAAGGGACGGCUCACGCCGCGGGAAGCCAGGAAAUUCUUCCGACAAAUCAUCUCGGCCAUCGACUUCUGCCACUGCCACUCCAUUUGUCACAGAGAUUUGAAACCCGAGAAUCUCUUGCUGGAUGAGAAGAACAACAUCCGAGUGGCGGACUUUGGCAUGGCCUCGCUGCAACUGGACCAAUCACUGCUAGAGACUAGCUGUGGGUCACCGCACUAUGCAUGCCCAGAGGUCAUCAGGGGGGAGAAGUACGAUGGGAGGCGGGCUGAUGUCUGGAGUGCAGGUGUUAUACUCUACGCUCUACUUGUAGGAGCGUUACCAUUUGACGACGAUAAUCUCAGGAAUCUUUUAGAGAAAGUCAAGAGAGGCGUGUUCCAUAUUCCUCACUUUGUCCCGCCGGACUGUCAGAAUCUAUUACGAGGGAUGGUGGAGACACACGCUGAGAAGAGACUAACAAUAUCACAGAUACAGCGGCAUCCAUGGUUUAUAAUUGGUUCAAAGAACGACGGACAUGACACGGAACUACCCAGGAAAACCUCAGUCAAGAUCCCAGUACUAAUGAGCGAGAACGAUAUCGACCCCGACGUCUUAAGGAGUAUGGGCUCCCUAGGCUGCUUCAAAGACCGAGAUAAACUCAUCAGGAAUCUACUAGGACAACACCACAACUCAGAGAAGGUGAUAUACUCGUUGCUGUUGGACCGGAAGCAGAGAAAACCCAGCUUUGAGGACGAGAGCGAGGCAUCAUCGAGAUCUCGCUCAGACUCGGCCGACCCUCCCAGGAAGCGAGUAGACUCUUACAGGAGACGCUCUGCUGAUAGGAAGACGCUAGAUCCACCGGGGGAUCUCCCCAUGUCACCUGCCAGGAGGGCUCUCAAGGUGCAUAACUUCAGCGGGAGCAGGAGUGUAACCAGCAGCCCCGUACCCUCCCCGCAGCACAGCCCCCGCCACUUACCCCGUCAGCACUCCAGCGGCGCCAUGAUGCCCAUCCUCAACAGCCCCGCCCAGCCGACACCCCCGGGUAGCCCCACCAACACCCCCCAGCCUUCCCCGUCCCCGACCCCACAGCAGCAGCAGCCGCAGCAGCAGUCGCUGUGGCGGGCGCGGCUCAACAGCAUCAAGAACAGCAUCCUGGGCUCGCCGCGGUUCCACCGGCGGAAGAUGAUGCAGCCCACGGAAUCUGAAGAGAGCACGCUGACGCCGGACAGCUCACCAGAAAUGUCCAAGAAGUCAUGGUUUAGCAGCCUGGUGACCAGCGAUCGCAGCGAGGAUGAGCUCUCCAUGGCCAUCAGAGAUCGGACAUUCAGCUCCGUCAAGGCGGACCUCGUACAAGCUCUACUGUCGAUUCAGGACCUGAGUCACAGCGUGCUGUCGCCCCACGCCUUCAAGGCAGAGCUGAAGCGCGGCGGUAGCAGCGCCGUCUUUGCCAAACCGAUGAAGUUCCACGUGGAGAUUCUCAACGCGGACGGCGACACUGGGAAGGAGAAUCCGGUCCUAGUGGUACACUUCACCCUCAUAUCAGGUCCUUCCAGACGGUUCAAGCGCCUGGUGGAAGACAUCCAGUCCCACAUGACCACCUCGCGAGGUCACUCCGAAUCCUCGCUCCGCAUGCUGCACUCGGGUAACUCCACGAACUCCGGCCCAGACGCCACCAGAUCCCCCAUGACGCAAUCCUUCAGCACGGAGGAUGAAGCAGACGAGGUGUUCUCAGAUCGCGUGGCCGGCACCUCGGACGGGCUGCUGCGGGGGGAGAGGAAGAGCCGGGCCAUCAGCGACGUCACCAACGGUAACGCAUCCUUUAACUGACGUUAAACUCUUUUUUGAAAAAAAAAUUGCGCAAUGGAGGCGGAGAAUUUGGACAUGGCAUGCAUAUUUAAAGGUAUAGUCCAUCAUUUGUAAUUUGUGCAUUUUGUUCAUUUGAAGCAAC